AUGCCAGCGCCAAUCGACGGCAUAACCUGCGGGCCUCAGAAGCCGGGCACGCCAAAACUGACCGGCACCUUUACGGGACGAGACCUCACAAACCUGAACCCGUGUCCCCUGAACGUCUGCUGCUCGGGUUGGGGAUUCUGCGGCACCACGGCCGAAUUCUGCACCGAUACUCCCGCCGAUACUGGCGCCCCUGGUACGCACAAGCCCGGUACCAACGGCUGCAUUUCCAACUGCAACAUGGACAUCAUCAGCAGCCCCGAUCCUCCGUCGUCAUUCCUCUCCAUCGGUUACUUUGAAGGCUAUGGACUCACCAAGCAGUGCGACAGAGUAGAUAUUCGUACUAUUGAUGUGACAAAGUACACGCACAUCCACUUUGCGUUUGCAACCGUCACUGCUGAUACAUUUGAGGUUGACAUGGGCCCUACGCUUAAUCAGUUUUACUACUUUAAGACAUUGACUGGCGUCAAGAAAAUUCUGUCCUUCGGCGGUUGGACAUUUUCUACCGACCCAACCACCUAUGGUAUCUUCCGCACCGGCGUUAGCCCGGCCCAUCGACGGCAAAUGGCCCAAAAUAUUGCAAAGUUCAUCGUCGACAACGACCUGGAUGGAGUCGAUAUUGACUGGGAGUACCCCGCCGCACCGGAUCUUCCAGGUAUCCCCACCGGCAGCUCCACGGAGGGCAUCGACUACCUCAAAUUUCUUAUAACGCUCAAAGAAACUUUACCGGCGGGCAAGACGGUGUCAUUUGCUGCGCCAUCAUCUUUUUGGUAUCUGAAGGGAUUCCCAAUCGCUCAGAUCAUGAAGGUUGUCGACUAUGUUGUCUACAUGACGUAUGACCUGCAUGGGCAGUGGGACUAUAACAACAAAUGGAGUAACCCUGGUUGCCCCGCAGGCAAUUGCCUUCGGUCACAUAUCAACAUAACAGAGACGAUAAACGCGCUCUCCAUGAUUACUAAAGCUGGAGUGCCCUCAAACAAGAUUGUAGUAGGGGUUACCAGCUACGGCCGUUCAUUCAAGAUGACUACCCCAGGAUGCACUGGGGUGAUGUGUAACUUCGUUGGGCCAGAGUCUCAGGCAGCCAAGGGCCAUUGCACUGACACAGCCGGCUAUAUAUCCCAGAUGGAGAUUGAUUAUAUUAUCAAGAACAACCCCAGCGCCACGAAGUUAUUCGACAAUGCCAGUCUCAGCGACAUUUUGGUGUGCGAUGAGACCGAGUGGGUGUCGUACAUGAGUCGAGAUAACAAGAAUAGGCGUAAGAGUCUCUACAAGGCUUUGAAUUUCUUAGGCACGAGUGACUGGGCAAUUAGCCUGGAUGACAAUGGCCUAGUUCGACCAGAAGCGUCCAUGAUGGACCCUGCCAGCAGCUCUUCCUCUGUCGGUAAUGGCGUUUCUGACUUGCUAAUCCAUGAUAGUUGCAAAACUAGAGGUCGUUUGGAUAUGAUCCAAGAGGCCUGGUUCGAAGCAGGAGAGCUUAGCGAGGCUACCUAUGAAUGGUCGCGCUUCAACAAGUAUCAAAGAGUGAUGGACAACUACUUUGGAAAGAGAUCAGGCCAAGUACCCUUACUACAUGAUAGUCUCUGGCAAAAUUUCAAAAAUCACAUCGAACUUCACUUUGGCGGUAGCCGCGACGAUGAAUACAGCAGAGCAGUGUACACCUACAUUUACUGCGAUGAAUCAGACCUGCCCAAAAAGGUAUACGAGAAGCACAAUGUUGCAUGCUUUAACGGAAAACAGGGGAAACAUGUUAGUGCAGUAACAUAUAGGUUCCCAGGCCUUUUGUUCUGGUCGGAGUACUAUAUCCUUCUGUGCCCAAGUUUUUUGAACGAGCUAGACAACCAGCCAAAAUUCACGAGCCUCAAAAACCUUGCCUACGAGGCGGAGAGUUUCCCGGUACUUCAACAGGAAAUCAACAAAUGGAGUUCCGGCGUGCGCGCCGGAACCAUGUACCACGAAAUAAGCCACUUUCAAGAUAUUUCAAACCCUCACUGCGGCAAAAAUGAAUAUUACAACCCGCGACAAAUUGUUUCCAUGGCACGUAGCGGGGCCAGGGACCAGUACGAAGAGCUUGUAGCGAACGCGCAUUCUUGGGCUCUCGCGGCUGUCUCCAUGUGGAUGAUGAAGCGUUGGCCGCACAUCGAUGUGCCACUGCCCAGAAACAUGAAGGUCCAGCAACGAGACGACAACGACGAUAACGAAACAGUUCCUGAUAUCGUCGAUCCGGACAACUCUUUUGAUGCCUCACGGGUUGAUCCUUCAAAGUUUACCCGGCUUAGCAAAUUGGCAUCAGUCUCAAAGUCUCUCGACUUGUAA